CAAUGGAUUCUUGACUCUGGGGCAAGUGAACACAUGAGUGGGGAUAUCAACUGGAUGAAAGAUCUCAAAUUGACCGAGUCGAUCGCUCGAAUCACAGCUGCUGGAGGGAGAACUCUUACAGCAAGCUCGUGCGGCUCGGUCAAUCUUACAAACCAUCUCGCUCACAAAGUAACACUUAGUUGA